CCAAAACCGACGUGUGAUCCAAACGAGCGCUUUGUGGAGUGCAGUUCAUUGUGUGAACCUACCUGCGAAUGGCCCACUGGUCAACCUUGCGUGAAAAAGUGUGGACCACCAAAAUGUGAAUGUCUUCCGGGAUUUGUUCGAGAUCAAGGAAAAUGUAUACCGCCUGAUCAGUGUCCACCUAUUGGUCCUCCAGCUAUCUGUGGUCCAAAUGAACGUUUCGUCAACUGUAGUUCAUUGUGUGAACCUACUUGCCAAUCGAAACCCAACCAACCAUGCCCACUUGUAUGUGGACCGCCAAAGUGCGAAUGUCUACCGGGAUACGUUCGUGAUCAAGGCAAAUGCAUCCCCCCGGAACAAUGUCCAUCUGCAGAUCCAACCUGUGGUCCAAAUGAGGAGUUCGUGACGUGCAGUUCAAAGUGUGAGCCAACAUGUGAAUCGCUGCCUGACCAGCCCUGCAUCUUGAUGUGUGGCCCACCGAAGUGUCAAUGUCGUCCUGGCUUCGUUCGUCACCAAGGAAGGUGUAUUCCUCGUAGCCAAUGUCCAUCUGCUGACCCAGAACCAGAAUCGACCUGUGGUCCAAACGAACGAUUUGUGGAGUGCAGUACAUUGUGUGAACCUACCUGUGAAUGGCCCACUGGUCAACCUUGCGUGAAAAAGUGUGGACCACCAAAAUGUGAAUGUCUUCCGGGAUUUGUUCGAGAUCAAGGAAAAUGCAUACCGCCUGAUCAGUGUCCACCUAUUGGUGCGUCUUGA